AGAAAUUGCAAAUGAAUCGGACAAAGAGUGUCGGUCUAGAUCAACUGAUCACAGCAGCAGAGCAACGGGAUGUUCGGAACUCCGAGCGCAUUGAAGUGGCUAUUGUGCACAGGAUCCGAUCUCUCAUGCUUUUGGAGAUAAAUGGUGCUGAACAACAUAUGGGUCGCCAGGAGUAUAAAAGUUAUCAUCGAUUACAAUGCUGCCAAUUCGAACAUUAUGAGUUUGAGCGAUUAUUUUCCGACUUCAAUGCGCAGUAUCAGACCAUCCGGCUUGGAGACAAACCCCUGAUAGGUGAAUCAGCGCAAGACGCACAGAAGAGAAAGGUGGAGAAACUAUUGCCACUUAAUCUUUUUAGAAGCGCUGAGUGGCCAACAACUCCUCGAUUUCCAUAUCACAGAGCGCCUAGCUCAAAUAGUGCAGAACACUUCUUUCGCCUUGAGAAGAACCGUCACCGUAAAACACACCCAUUGUUAGGCCUGAGUAAAUCAGUUGAUAAUGUUGAAAAAAGCUCCUUUAGACAGAAGAGUACGAUAAACCACUCACUAAGCAUCUCAAACGAAGAUAGCGAAAACAGUGAUCCGGAAGAUGAUGAAUAUCGUACAACCAAGCCCAUUAGAAACUGGCACUAUACAGAGAGCAGCAACGUGGCUGAUAACAACCGAAACUGUCACAUAUUAGAACUGGUCAGUAAGCAUCAGUAUUUGCUAAGCGAUGUAGUGGAAGCCAUCAUAGCAAUAGGAGCCGCUUUGAAUGAUGAUUCUGUGCAAACAUUAGAGAUCAGGCAUGCCCAGCAUGACAACAAUCACCCUUCGCCAGUCAAGUUAGUUGCGACUAUCUUUCACUACGUGCUGUUAAAUAGUGAAUUAGCGAAUAACAUAUUUACCACGGCCAAGAAAUCAGAGACAAGUUUACGCCAUGCAUUGUAUGAAGUUCACGGAGAUGAUAACACCUUAGCCAGUAGAGUAGGCACACUGCACUACCGGCUGUAUGAAAUGAUGAAGGAUGUUUUGAUGAGUGAGGAGACAACAAUUCCGGACCACAACGUAGAAAUAAUCAACACUCCAAUCCUACUUGCCUUCCUAGAGGUGUACUGCCGGCCGGAACUUAGAGAGUUUCAGAACAAAAUGCGAACUUGUACUGAUCGGGUACCGCUUUCGACCAAGCUAAUGACAACUGUUUAUGCUAAACACUAUUCGUUGACGGGACUUGUCGACAACCAUAUCGAAAUAACAUCAGAAGUUCACAACGGCGAUUCUAUCCUACCCACCGAUAUUGUGCAUGUCAAUGGCGACCGUGAGUUACUGGACAAAUUAGAUACUAAGGGUAUCGUGGCUAUAAAAAUGUCUACAGAAUUGGUGAAAGGGAAUAUAUCGGAUGUCUACAUGCUAGCGAAAAAGCAAAACGACAGCUACCACUGCCUCUUAUAUUGCACAUUGACUCCAGGUGCAGUAGCAUUUCUGAAACUACUUGGCAGUGAAAGAAAGAAUAUCGUUGUAGCAGGUAUAUGGGAAAACCCGAAUCCAAUCAUACCUUACUACCCCUGCAAGAAAUGCGGUGUCGUCCCCAAUGCAGUCAGUAUAGUGACUGACCUAGAUCAGGUUGGAAAUAGCAUCCUAGCUAGUGUCUAUCAUUAUUCUACGCCAGGUAACAUCUCUGUAAGAAUAGAUUGCGGACAGAAUCUGAAGGAAAUCAGUUUAUCUCAACGCUUGAAAUGCAUGACAGUCUCUGAAAACGACUUAUUCGUGAUAUCUCUGAACAGGCUCAUGGAUGGAUACAAGCACGGAACAAUACCCAUAAUCCCUUAUGACCAAGAAUUCCACAUAUGCGAUGAAAUGAUAGCCUUUGCAUUGCUACCACCAGCUUAUCGGGAAGCUACCAUCAAACUCUGUUUUGCGAAAGACGCUGUUCACAUUUACCCGGAUCAAAACUUUGCAUAUCUGAAAGAAAUCAAGGAAGGCGAAUCAUCAGAUCACACUAGAUGGCUAGUAAAGAAGGUUCACAUGUAUCGAGAGACGGUGAAAGACUUGGCAAGUAGAGAAAGUGACGCUGCCGAAAGUUUGGAAAACAGGGUAAAACAAGUAAUAGCUAUCGUCAAAGCAGCGACUAAAGGGGUGCCUUUCGUUGACAUGGGUAGCGCCGCUGAGGUGGCUACUUUGAAAUGGAAAAAGAAGGUGGGAGACCGCAAUCGAUAUGAAGUCACUGAGAAACUACGGACCAUCCAUGCCGAACUAGUGGCAGAGGCAAAUUUUAGUGCGGUAUCUAUGCUAUUGAGCUAUCGGUUUAACAGCGACUUUGCGAAAUCAGCUUUCACCGGAGAAUACAUGUGCUUCUUAGGUUCGGAAAACGAUUUUACUGGUCCUAUGCCACCGUACUACAAGUUUCGCGUGUACCAGCUAGCACUAAUAGGAGUUAUCUAUACCUGGCGAAAAUACGGGCAAAAUAUAGAGAUAUCAGCGCAGUCCAUAAAUCAUGACGACAAGACCAGGAAGGUAGCGUACCUUAAUGACUCUGGAGAUAUACAUGUCUCUAGUGCUUUUGAAUUCGGCAAGGUAGGUGAAAGCAUGAUGACAGAGCAUAUAGUAGGCAACCUCUCAGCAUCGAGUACGCACAAUGAUAUCCACAACCGGAAUAUACCGAGAGCGUGCAAUCUAGAAUCUUUCGGAUUGUUUACAAGAUUCAUUAUAAUCAUGAAGCGUCGCUUCAAGAAGAAAAGAGAUCAGAUGUGGCGGCAGGAGUUGUAGAUUCGAUAAAGGUUCGAACGUAAGCAAGAAACCACAACAAAGAAGGAAAUCAGACAUGACUUUAUGGAAAUAACGAAAAUCAGCGUACAACUAGUAAAGCAUUCAACCAAUGCGGUCAUCUCAAGCUACAAGUCUAAUGUUAAUUUAAAUUUGUUCUCAUUGGCAAGCAACAAAGCACAGUAUGCUAGAUAAUUGUUAAAAUUGAAGAAACGAGC